AUGGCGGUGGAGAUCGUUGAAACGAAGGUGGCGGAGGUCACUAGCGACGGCGACAUAAAACAAAAGGAGAAGAAGAAGACCUCCGAUCUUGGUCCUCAUUGUCGCCAACCACAAGAGGGACAAAGCACAGCUUGCAACAGUGGCACGACAUCGGCUGCUAACGGUGGUCAAGGGUGGCAACAACAGCGGCGGCUGAGGCUGGCGGUUCACACCGGCGAUAACGUGGUCGGCUGA